GGGGCACCGUUGUUGUUCCAGCGGAGAGAGGAGCUGAAUGCAUGCGGGGGGAUUGUUGCUCUGAUGUCCGGUGGGCUGUGUGUGCCGAGUGUGCAGGAUUCCAGAGGCUCCAUUAUGCCAGAGAAAUGCAGGAAAACAAAAAGAAUCAUUGUUGCGUUCGCUGCACUGGGUUUUAUGUUGCGGCCGGGUUGCACGUCUUUAUCGCGUGUCAAAAAUUGGCUACCUGUUUAGCACAUAUGGGUCGCAUUAGACACGGCUUGACAGGCUGUUUCUUUUUUAACAGGAGACGUGUACUUUCCCCAAACGUAUUUCAGUGUACAGUGAUUAUUUUCUUUGCACAGUGAUUCUCUAAUUCCAUUCUUUUGCUGAGUUUUGGGAUCAAGGGAAGACGUCCAAGUGUCAAAGUGAGCCAUCAGCACAUCAUCAAGAAGGACCACACCAAGGAACAGUUCCAAUAUGAACCGGGCAUUCAACAGGAAAAAAGAUAAAUCAUGGAUGCACACUCCGGAGGCUCUGGCCAAGCAUUACAUCCCCUACAAUGCCAAGUUUCUGGGAAACACUGAGGUUGAGGCGCCCAAAGGCACUGAAGUUGUGAAGGAUGCGGUGAGAAAGCUGAAGUUUCAAAGGCACAUCAAGAAGUCAGAGGGACAGAAGAUUCCCAAAGUGGAAUUACAGAUCUCCAUUUAUGGAGUGAAGAUACUCGACCCAAAGACAAAAGACGUGCAGUAUAACUGCCAGUUGCACAGGAUAUCCUUCUGUGCGGACGACAAGACGGACAAAAGGAUAUUCACGUUCAUCUGCAAGGACUCUGAGUCCAACAAGCACUUGUGCUAUGUGUUUGACAGCGAGAAAUGUGCAGAAGAGAUAACUCUCACCAUCGGCCAGGCCUUCGACCUGGCCUACAAGAAGUUCCUGGAGUCUGGCGGAAAAGACGUGGAAACACGGAAACAGAUCGGAACCCUGCAGAAGAGGAUUCAAGAGCUGGAAUCUGAGAACUCUGAGCUGAAGAAACAACUGCUAGACCUUGAGGACCAGCUGAUGAUUGCUCACGUACCUCCAGCAGGAAGUGGCUCCAUGAAGCCCCUGUCGACGGAUGUCUUCGACAUGGUUCCCUUCUCCCCCGUGACGCCUCUGGUCCCCCUGCCGCCCAGCAACGGAUGCCCGCCCCCACCCCCUGCAACACUACCACCGGAUUAUAGGAAGGACCUGUUUGGCGCGGAGCCUUUCGAUCCCUUUACCUGCGGCUCUGCUGAUUUCCCCCCGGAUAUUCAGUCCAAGCUGGACGAGAUGCAGGAGGGGUUCAAAAUGGGACUAACACUAGAGGGCGCUGUGUUUUCUCUGGACCCACUGGAUAGCCGUUGCUGAUGAAGCCACGAAGGAAGAUACUUGUCGUUAUUCCCAUCAUUUUAAACUCAUUUGUACGAAGAAGAAGAAGAAGACGAAGAAGUGCCAAAUCCUUUCAACACCGUCCAGUCAAGAUGUCACACUUUUUCCGUCUUGGAGUUUCUAUGUAUUUGCAUUACUAGAUUUGGGUUUUUCAGAUAUUUCAAGGAAGUUUCCGAUAUGUUAUAGAAAUAUUUUUGUAAAGAAACGCUUGUGGGAUGAGAAGGUUUGAGGACCCCUUGCGUACCCACAGACGAUGCAGGUUGUAAAUAAAAAGAGUAUAUCUCAUUUUAAUAUGGUACAAGUUCUGUGUAGACUCACCCAUUGGAUAUAAAUGUGCAGCAGCGUUUUUGGUUUUGCAUUGACACGUUCCUGUUUGUAUGCGCGAGACAUUCAUUUAAGACAAGUAAAUGUAGUCGUCUCUGUGACAUGUAUAAUGCCAAAUGUUCCGCUUGUCAUUGUUUAUACACGACUUGCACCUUUUGUUUUUGUACUUUUUACACCAGUUGUACUUCAAUGUAACACGCUUAAUUCUUGUCAAAUAUAUCAUUUGUAUCAUUUCACUUAGUUUCAAUCAGUAGUAAAAAAUAAUGUUUUUAAUGUUUUGAUGUCCUUUUAACCCACUACAUUGCCAUUCCAGUAUUUUAUUUCAUGGUUUAUCAUUAACUCACUAACUUUGUUGUUAGCAUCAUCUCUUGCACCGGAAAGCACUUUUAAAUACCUUUGUCCAUAUAGUAGCAUACUAUUGACAUUAUUUUACAUUUUAUGCAGAAUGACUUUGUCGUUACGAUUAUUAAAGAAAGUCUUACCAGAUUAGAUCGCUUGAUUCAUACUUCUAAUAUUGGUAUUUCUUUAUUAUCUGUAAGGAUGUUGUGAGGUAAAGGGUCCAACUUGAACUGAGUUCAAUAUUUAAUUUGAUAGCCUGCUUAUUAAUUCAGAGAUUAGUUUGGCGGUGCAACAGGUGUGAUAUUUGUGAUCAUCUGUGAUCAUCGUGGUCCCAAACUGAGAAUACCGUUCUUGUACUUUGAAUCAGACAACUCGUGACCAAAUAUUAUUUUCAAUAAGGAGCAUGCAGAG